AUGGACGUACCAGGCUUCGCUCUGAUCACAGGGGCGGUGUCGGGCAUUGGCCGAGCCUGUGCGAAGGGGUUCGCAGCCGAGGGCAGCGCUGGCGUGGCAUUGCUGGACAUGAACUUGAAGGAUCUCCAAGCUGUGCAGAGUGAAGUGCAAGCGAUCAGUCCAACAUGCCAGGCCGUGGUCCACCAAGUUAACGUGACCGAUGAGCAGCAAGUCGACAAGAUUGUGGAUGAGGUUGCUCAACGAUUCGGUCGACUCGAGUAUGUCGUGAACGCGGCAGGCGUUGCGAUGAAACACCAAGAGAAUCCUGGAUUCCUGGAGGUGAACCUGGAUGGCACCUUUUUCGUUCUGCGCGCUGCUGCGAAGGUUAUGCUGAAGCAAGAGCCUAUCAAAUCCUUGAUUCAUGGUCGAGAGUUGCAAAGAGGCUCGAUCGUCAACUUCAGCUCGAUACAAGGCGUUGUCGGCAUUACGCUCUCGGCAUCAUACACAGCUUCGAAGCACGCUAUAAUUGGAUUGACGAGAUCAGCAUCAGAAGACUAUGCAGACCAGGGCCUCCGGAUCAAUGCGAUUUGUCCUGGUGAUACCGAAACGCCGUUGACGACACGGAAUCCGGAUGUGUUGAAGGCGAUGCAGGAACGGGUGGGCACUGCAGUGCCAAUGCAGCGGAUGGGCAAGCCAUCGUUCGUGACUGGCUCAGCAUUGAUGGUUGAUGGCGGCUACUGUCAAAGAUAG